AUGGAACAAGAUGUCAUAAAUUUGAAAAACCAUACUACUCAAUAUAAAAUACUGAAAGAUGAAGAGAUAAAACAAAAAGCCCUGAAGACAUAUAUGGAUAGCGAUGAGUAUAAAAAAGAAGUUGAAGCAAAUGUAAAGGCAGAAAAACUUUUACAGUUGCAAAACCAAACCGUACAGUAUGAAAACUUAGCACAAGAAAGUAAAAAUAACGACGCGGCUAUGCAAAAGGCAAUGAAAAGCGCAGAAUAUAUAAAAGCCAACAAUGACUGGUUAGAUGCCCAAGCCAACGCUAAAGCAGCCCAACUCAUAGGGUCAAUAAGGACAAAAAUACAAGCGGAUGAAGACAGUUCAAAUGAAGCUUUAACAAAUGCUGACUUUAAGAACGCCUUCGAAGCUCUUCAUAGUAAGGUGAAACAAGUGAACGACUUCUCAUCUGGAAAGAAACUGAAGUCUGAAGGUUUCGACAAAGAGUUAAAAGAAGUAGCACAAAAUAUGACGAAAAUAACAGAUGCAGCAACGAGACAGGCAGUUCAAAGUGCCUAUGACGCCGUUAGAGCAACUGUUGUGAAAAGUCAAGAAAAAGAGUUACAACAGACCAAAACAGACCUAGUAAAUGCUUUCUUAAGAACGAAAAGUCAGGUAGGACAUUACGCUGCAGAUGGAACAUAUGUGCCAGCUGGUGGAACUUAUAUACCACCAAACCCUCCAAGAGAAGCACCUGCACCAGGACUACCUAGAACAUUUACAUCGUCACAUGGACACAGACACAGGCAUGCACCAAAACCAACACAACAACCAACACAACAACCAACACAACAACCAGCACAACAACCACCUCCACAACCAGCACAACAACCAACACAACAACCAGCACAGCAACCAACAGUUCAAAACCCUGCACAACAACAACCACAAACAGAGCAAGGACAUAAAAGAAGUAGAGAACAAGGAAACCAAGAAUUCUUAAAAAUGCUUAAAGAAGAGUGUGGUUUCCCAGAUAGUAUUGACUUUAGUGACAGAUAUAAAGAAGCUAUUGGAAAGUUCAAGGAUGGAAAUACUGACCCGAACCUAUUUAGCUUUAUGGCUCAGCACCAAAACGGAUAUAAUCUCAAACCUGGAAAAUACAAGCUCGCUAAGGGAUAUGAUUUAAUAGCAUAUCAUCCAAAUGACAUGGAUGAAUUUACUCCGAGAUAUUUGAUGUCAGAGCUAAAUGACAAUUCAACUUUCGUCAUGAAACGCGUAAAAAAUAGAGACGGAACGAAAGAACAAAAGCUUAUGAAUGCGGAUGACGUAGAUAGGGAAAUUGUUGAAAACG